AUGCCCUCCGCAACGCAUCCGAAGUCGGACAAAGUAAAGAAGAGGCCCAAAGUCAGAGGAUGCUAUCAAUGCUCUCGUCGGCGCAUAGACUGUGACCGGAGAGAGCCAACAUGUGGCAAAUGCUCGGCCAAAGGCAUCAAGUGCAGUGGACUAGGUCUACGAUAUCGCUUCAAUGAUGGCAUCGCCGCCCGUGGAAAGUUUGUUGGCAAAUCAUUGCCUAUCAUUGAUGGGGUAGAAGCCAAUCCUACGGAAACGGCGUCAACGUCGGUCUCGAGUUGCAAGAGACAGAAUGAUCCUUUUCGUGCAAGUGGCUAUGAGACUGCUGAGCAACACGCAGUUGAAAUUGAUACUGUAACGGAGGAAGAACAUGAGAUACAAGACUUGGUUGUGUCAAAUAACGCACCAAUAUCUAUCGACUGGGGCCUAGAUCACGUUGAUCCAAAGUCAAGGUUCUGUCUUGGUUACUUCUCAAAUAACAUCGCCCAACUCAUUGCAGUCAUAAACAUGGGCUUCAACGGCUAUCGUGAUCUCGUACUACCAAGAGCAGAGACAGAUCCUCUAGUUCGAAAAGCAGUUCUUCUCGUUGUCGAACAGCAUCUUUCUUUACAAAACGGCACUGCAAUAUCACUAGAUCCAGCGGCUUAUGGAUCUCUUGUACGAGAGCUCAUCAUGCGGUCUCAUCAGUGUGCACCUCAAGAUGAUGAUUCUGCACUCACUGCGUUGCUCCUACUACAUAUUCGGGAGAUGAUUAGUGGAAGCGAUAACUUUAGACUUAUCUAUGGUUCGCUGCGGGUGGUGGUCAACGCACUUGCGAAGAAUGCGGGUGAAGGAACCUCUGAUCUCAGAAGGUUUCUACAGAUGCAGAUACUGAGGGUCUGUCUCUUUGGAGAAUCUCUAUUCAACGAAACCAACGGCGUUCACUUCAUCCAAGCUCAGCAACAGGCUUGUCUCGAGUUCAUCACAUGGUGCGACCGUUUCCACCCCGAACUAAAAGACCUCCUCUCCCAACUCGCCUCCCUAACAACAUGGGCCUGCGACAUCUACGUCCAACGCGCCAUUUUCAACCCACCACCCUCCGAAACCGUCCCCAUGAUAGAAAGAUUCAAACAAUCACUCGGCCAAGUCGACGCUUACGUCGAUAUCGUGGGAAGACACCUCCUAGCCUGGCCGUAUUUCAUCGUAGCGGCUGAGAGCUCGACGCCAGAUCAUAGAGAGUUCUUUUUGGAUAAGUUGGUCAAGUUGCAUAAUACGACUGGGUGUUGGAAUUUGUUGAGGGCUAUUGAUCAGGUUAAGGAGAUUUGGGCGUCGCAGUCUUCGAUUCGAUGGACGAGUUUGCUUGGUGGGCCGACGCAGGCUUUUAUAAUGUGA